AUGGGGCGGAGUGAUUUUGCUGUAUCGACUUAUGACGCGGGCGGCUCGUCGGAUUCCGGUUCGGCCUGGAAUCCCAAAAACUGGACGAGGAGGAUAUGGCUGAUUAUAGCCACGGUGAUUGUUUUGAUUGUGGUGGUUAUCGUCGGAGCCGUUGUCGGCGUGAGAGCCACAAGGGACAAUAACGGUGGCAACAACAGCUAUCCCGACUAUUUCAAGUUGAACUACACGUUGAUUGACACUUACUCGGGCACAUCCUUCUUUGACAAGUUCAACUACUUCAAUACUUAUGACCCAGCCGGUGGUUUUGUUCACUAUGUCGACCCAUCCUACGCCGGCCAAUACAACCUCACCUAUGCAACACCCUCCACCGCUCUCAUCCGAGUUGACACCACCGUCGGCCCCGGCUCAGAACCCGACGCCUCCACCGGCCGCUUCUCCGUCCGCCUCGAGUCCAAAGCCCAGUACGGGCCCGGGCUCUUCCUCUUCGACGUCAAGCACACCCCCUACGGGUGCGGCACAUGGCCAGCUCUUUGGCUGACAGACCCCGCCAACUGGCCCACCAACGGCGAAAUCGACAUCAUGGAAGCCGUCAACGGCGCGACCUCCGGCAACCUGGUCGCACUACACACGACCGACGACUGCAGCAUGGGCGACAUCCAGCGGCAGAUGGCGGGCACCGCGGGCCAGGGCGACUGCCACAACGCGACCAACUCCAACACGGGGUGCACCGUGACGGGGCCCGGCGCGACGUACGGCCCCGAGUUUAACAAGGCCGGUGGCGGGGUGGUGGCGUUGGAGUGGAGGAACGAGGGGAUUCGCGUGUGGGUGUUUGGGCGGGAGGGGAGUGGGGGGGUGAGGAGUCUGCCGGUUGGGACGUCGCCGGAUCCGAGUGCGUGGGGGAGGCCGUUGGCGGAUUUCCCGGCGACGAAUUGUGAUAUGGGGAGGCACUUUCGGAAUCAGAGUAUUGUGGUCAAUAUUGAUCUGUGUGGGUAUUUGACGGAGGCUGUGUGGGAGUCGUCUGGGUGCCCUUCGACUUGUACGGAUUAUGUCGCCAACAAUCCUUUGGCUUUCGGGAAUGCGUUUUGGGAGUUUGGGGCUUUCCAGGUUUUUGAGGCACGGUAA